UCUGCCUGUGGUCAGACCUAUCUUCAGUUCCAUGGGAGGCUUUGAGGGGCAUCUGUACCCAGGACUCUCUCUCUUCUUCUAUGGACUUUAUCACACACGACUCAUCUCCAGGGCCUUGAUAUGCAACUACCACGUCCAGUAUCUGCCACGCCAUCCCUGGAGCAAAGGAAGAUGGGCGAGGCUGCAGCAAAUACACUAUGUGGGGCUGGUGAAGAUACUGAGCACCUUCAUUUUAGUGGCCCAAGAACUGCAUAACAUUCGUGGGCCAUUUGUACUUAUCACCAAGAUGUAUCAUCAGAGGAACUUUUUGUACCACAAACAGUGGCAGCAUCUCACUUUCUACAUGACCUUCUUCCUGAGUGGGUGUGUAGAUGUGGUGAGCCAGAACCUGCUGCCCCAGAGGUCGGCUGCUCUGGAGCAAGGCGCCCAAGCUCUGGGCAUGUUUCUGAUUCUGCCCCUGAUGGUGUCUCACUUGCAGGACUCAGAAGGCGUGGAGCUGCUGUGUCACAUCCUGCUCAUCCAGGCCUUGUUCCUGCUGCUGCUGGUGGUGAUUGCAGAGCUGUGGGCUCCCAACACGCUGCAGCUCUGGGUACUGAAGGCCUUUUUGUAUAUGAUUACAGGCUCUUGGCUGAUUCAGAUCGGCUUUAUGCUAUUCAGACCAAUCUCCGGCCAUAAAUGGAUGGAUGAUGACAAAAACGAUAUGAUAUUUGUCACCACCUUCUUCUGCUGGCACGUGGCUUCCCUCGUCAUUGUGAUGAUCUGGAUCUAUGGCUUCUCCUUUCUGUGGUAUUGCUACAUUCGUUGAUGCCUGAGCCAGGUGAGCCCAGGAUGGUUCCUAUCACCUGUGCCUUCUGGAACACCUGGAAGAGAAGUUGGGGAAAGAAAAGCCAUCAGAGAGGAAGACCAGGUGUCCUUCCUCCAGAGGUGCCACCUGAGACAGCAGACUCCACUGGGACCAGCAUGCCUCUCUCUCCCCUUUCGGCUUUCUUUAGUCCCAUUUGCUGGGCAGUGUGCAGGGAAAAGGCAAAUGAAAUACAGGA